AUGUUUGCCAUUUUAUGUAUAGACUUACGACCUAUUUGCCCGCCACCAGACAAGAUUAAUAAGCCAGAAUUCUACGCCAUCUCUUUAUCGAAAGAUUGUAUGGACUCCAAGAUUAAUUUAUAUAAAAUGACUCACGUCGACACCAAAGAAUGUAAACAGUUUUACCGGAGGUCUGGGUUAGACGUGAAGAGUAUUUGGCCUAAAUACACGGUGUGUGCUAAGGCACUCAGAGGCGGAGAGUGCUUGUGGCAAAGCGGAGUGUUUCUCGUCUUGAAGCAAGAUAAUAAAUGGAUGUUGGCUGGUUUUGGUGUUCAUGGUCCUGGAUGCGAAUUGCCUUCAAGAUUUUUGGACUACGGCAUGUAUCAUCAGUGGGUUCUAACAGUGCUUGAAAGGAUUGGUAAACCGGCCAUAACUAGGCUCGCUCCUAACAUCCUUAUAAUGCGACGACGUCUAACAAGUGUGCAAAGGUUUGGGCCCUGCGAUGCUGAAGAGACUAGAGCAGAGAUCUUUACUGACCAUACGGCUAUUUUGCCAUUUUCCCCUAAAGCUCGAAUAGCUUACUACAAUUUCACAAUAUUAGCAUCCUACGAAUACUCUUGCAUCGUGUUCCGGUGCAACCAAAACACAAAGGCGCAACCGAAAAUCCGUCUCCGACGUUUGUGCCUCGCCAGCCGCCCAGCCUGCUACCAGUUCUCAACGCUCCAAAUUGAUUUCGAACUAGAAAUUGGCUACUUUGAUAACGUCGAGUACCAUGUGAAUGUGUACGGCGAAGAGCUCAAAUUUCUCGACAUGAAGAGAAUGCUUUUAGAUUCUAACAAAUAUUUAGUACGGCCCGGUAUACCUGAAUCAUAUAAUAUAGAUGUCAAUCAUGGAGGUUACUUUCAAAAAGAAGGUUGGCUUGGUUAA